AUGUGGCAAAUAGGGACGACACCAAGUGGUCAAAAAAAUUCUGAACUAAAAACUGGAAACAUUGUCGGUGUUACACCAAAGCACGAGCAUGCCAGUGAUAUUGCUGCAGUUGAAAUGAAGAUGAUAAAAGCUAAAAUUGCUAAAAAAGCACGAACAAAUGAUUCGAAACCAGCUACUGUAAUUACUCAAGCAUUACGUGGUGUGCUAUCACCUGUUUCGGCUUUGUUGCCUAAGCUUUCAUCCAUGAGUCGAACAGUAAAUCGUAUUAGAGCUAAAGAAAACCCUCAACUCCCGGAUGUAUCAUCACGUUGUGAAUUGGUAUUAACAGAAGAAUUCAAAUAUACUCACACUGGAGAACUAUUUUUAUUAUAUGAUAAUGGUGGUUCGAAGAGGCGAUUUUUGAUGUUUACAACGCAUAAAAAUUUGAAUGUUUUAAGUAGAUGUCAACAGUGGUUAGGUGAUGGAACUUUUCGUGUUGCACCAAACAAUUUUUCGCAACUAUACACUAUAAUACAUGGCUUCAUGGAAGGUAGAUCUGUCCCACUUGUGUAUGUACUAUUACCGAAUAAAUUGAAAAAUACUUAUAUUCAAGUGUUGAAAGUUUUGCGCCGAUCUUUGCCUAAUUUUUCGCCAAGUGUUAUUAUGGUAGAUUUUGAAACUGCAUUUAUUGAAGCUUUGAAAGAAGUAUACGCAGGAGUUAAAGUCGCCGGCUGCAAUUUCCACUUCAACCAAUGUUAUUGGCGUCGGAUUCAGGCUUGCGGGUUACAAGCUCGUUAUAACACAGAUGUUCUUUUCGCCUAUAAUUUACGUUUGCUAUCAGCGUUAGCCUUCAUUCCACCAGAUCAUGUGACAGCUGGAUACGAAGCAAUUGUGGAGUGUGAUUUUUAUGAUAAUAACAAGUAA